AUGAUUAGCUUAAAUGUUCAAUGGGUACCUGUUAACGAUCGUUCGGGUGCUUAUCAAUGGAGUGGAAAUGAUAUUAGCAAUCGAAAAGUAAAGACAGUAACAUAUUUUGGUACUGGUGAAAUGCGAGGACAAAAGCAACGUAAAUCUAUUACACCACCUAGUUCUGAUUAUACAGAUGCAUAUCUAUCUGCCUUUGCUCCGAAACCAAUUCCAACUAGACAUGUAAAUCGAUUAAGUACUGCUGUAUUUGCUAAUGUUGCACCAAUUCCACUCAAACCAAUUAAUCCACCUUUAACUAAAGACGAUUCUAUAAAAACGAGUCAAACUCGUUUUAUCAAUAUUAAUAAUAUUCAACCAUUGAAAUCAUUCGAUAAACCUGCACCAUCUUCGUCUAGUCAAAGUUCGACUUAUUCAUCAAGUCUUAUUUCAGAAAGAUCGACUCCAUAUGAACCAUUUUCAAGUACUCAAUAUUCCUCACCUCAAUCUCAAACAUUUACUUCUAGUUAUUCAACUUUACUUCGUACUCCGAUGUCAACUGUUACAACUACUCCAACUCCAAGUGCUGAUAGUCGACGAUCUUAUACAACUAUUCAACCUCGUUUUCAACCUAUCUUAUCCACAGUACCAAUUGUUUCUCGAUCUGAAACAUCAUAUGGAAAUCUAUAUAGACCUAUGCCACCUUAUUCUUUCGACUCUUAUCCACCAUCAAAUACCUACACAACAUCUUUAUCAACAUCAUCAUCAUCGACACAAUCAGCAUACAAACCUCAAGUACCAUUUCAAUCUCCUUCAUUAUUUUCCAGCUAUAACAUUAAUCAAAGUAGUCUUAGGGAACCUCUAUUCCGAUCAACUACGAAAAUGGAAACACAAAUCGAUCAUCCUGAAACAUUUUCAUUUCAACAAGACGAAGAUACUCGAUCAUCAAGAAUCGAACAACUAUCGCCAAUUAUUCAUCCCCCACCUCCAUCUCCUAUCACUCGUGAAGAACUUAAUAUUGAACCUGAACCUUUACAUAUGGAAGAAUUAACAGAUGUUUCUUCCGAACCUAUACGAAUUCUUGAAAGUACUCUUAACAAAUACGAUUCAUUAAUCAAUCAAAUCUCAGAAGUUCUUGCUAGUGUUUCACCAAUGAGUUCUACUGUGAGCAGUUUGAGUCCAGGAAAAAGUGUACUUGACUAUGACCUUUCUUCCGACAGCUCACUCAUUUCACCAACUAGCCGUACUAAAAUUCAACCAUUGGAACAAACAACAACUACAACGACUGUAGUUAGUACAACAGAACAAACAAAGCCAAGUCAUCUCAUUCGUCGAGACUCAUAUGAUAAAAUUAUUACUGUUAUAUCGGAUAUUGAUAAAGAAAUAGCUUCACCAUCUGAUACUCAAACCUCAUCAUCUACUAUUACAGAAGAAAAAGAAGAAACAAAAACUUUGUUAGUGGAUGAACAACAAGUUCCACCAAUCACUGAAAAACAAGAUGAAGAAACAAAAGUUGCAUCUACAGAAGAAUAUCAAGCUUCAUCAGUUUUGAUGGAACAGAAAGAAGAUCAAGCAAAAACUUUAUCCACAGAGGAACAACCAACUCUAUUACUAACGGAAGAAAAGAAGCAAGAAGAAACCAAAACUCUAUCCGCUGAUGACCAUCAAAUUCCAUCGAUAAUUCAGAAAGAAAAAGAAGAAGCGAAAACUUUAUCAGUAGAUGAACAGCAAGUCCUACCAAUCACUGAAAAACAAGACGAAGAAAUAAAAACAGUAUCGACAGAAGAACAUCAGCUUUUGUCAAUAUCGACAGAAAAGAAAGAAGAUGAAGGAAAAGCUGUAUCCACAGACGAACAACCAGCUCUAUUAGUAACAGAAGAAGAGAAGCGAGACGAAACGAAAACUAUAUCAACUGAUGAUCAUCAAAUUCUAUUGGCAAUUCAAGAAGAGAAACAAGAAGCGAGAACUUCAUUAGUAUAUGAACAACAAGUCCAGCCAAUCACUGAAAAAGAAGACCAAGAAACAAAAGCUGCAUCUGUAGAAGAACAUCAGGCAUCAUCAAUAACAGCAGAACAGAAGCAAGAAGAAACCAAAACUCUAUCUGCUGAUGACCAUCAAAUUCCAUCGAUAACUCAGAAAGAAAAAGAAGAACCAAAAACUUUACUGGUAGACGAACAACAAGUCUCACCAAUCACUGAAAAACAAGACGAAGAAAUAAAAACAGUAUCGACAGAAGAACAUCAGCUUUUGUCAAUAUCGACAGAAAAGAAAGAAGAUGAAGGAAAAGCUGUAUCCACAGAGGAACAACAAGCUCCAUCAAUAACGGAAGAAGAGAAGCGAGAGGAAACGAAAACUUUAUCUACCGAUGAACAACAAACUUUACUGACUACUCAAGAAGAAAAACAAGAAGCAAAAGCUCUUUUAGUAGAAGAACAGCAAAUUUCACCAAUCACUGAAAAAGAAGACAAAGAAACAAAAGAUGUAUCUACGGAAGAACAUCAGGUUCCAUCAAUUUCAAUAGAACACAAGGAAGAUGAAGCUAAAACUUUAGCCACAGAUGAACAACAAGCUUCAGCAGUGACAGAAGAAAAGAAGAAAGAAGAAACAAAAGCUUCAACUAUCGAUGAGCAACAAACUCUAUCAGCAACUCAGGAAGAAAAAGCAGAAGCAAAGACUUCAUUAGUAGACGAACAGCAAGUCUUACCAAUCAUUGAAAAUGAAGACAAAGAAACAAAAACUGUAUCUACAGAAGAACAUCAGGUUUCGUCAGUUUCGACGGAACAGAAGGAAGAUGAAACGAAAGCUUUGUCCGCAGAAGAACAACAGGCUCCGUCAGUAACGGAAGAAGAGAAACGAGAAGAAACCAUGACUACAUCUGUAGAUGAACAUGUAGCUUCAUCAAUAACAGUAGAAGAGAAGGAAAAAGAAACGAAAACUUUAUCCGCAGAUGACCAUCAAGUUCCGUUGUCAACUCAAGAAGACAAAGAAGAAGGAAAGAUUUCAUCAGUAGACGAACAGCAAGUUUCACCAGUCGCUAAAAAAGAAGACGAAGAAAAAGUUUUAUCCACAGAAGAACAACAAGGUCCAUUGUUAACGGACGAAGAGAAGCAAGAAGAAACGAAAACUUCACCUACCGAUGAACAACAAACUCAGGCAGUGAUUGAAGAAGAGAAAAAGGAACAAACAACGGUUGAUGAACAUCCAAGUACAGGAUUAGUUGAAGAGAAGCCAGAAGAGCCGAAAGUUUCAUCUUCAGAAGAUCAUCAGCUCCCAUCUGCAACUACCGAAGAGACAGUAGAAACAGCAACCACAUUAACAGAAACGCACCAAGUUCCAUCGGUGGCCGAAGCGGAAAAGGAAGAAACAAAAGUCUUUAUCUCAAGCGAACAAGAAGCGCCAGUAACAUCUGAAGAAGUAAAUACUAUGCUGGUUGCACCAUCAUCAGAUAUUUCCGAAAGUGAAAUACUUCAAGUCAGCCAAUUGAAAUCUGAUGAAGAGAAAGUAGUAGACGAACAAUCAACGGCCUUACUAACAAAUGUAGCGUAUGAUGUGUCUGCAACAGAAGAAACAAACGAAACUAUCGCUAGUUUAGAUUCAACAAAAAAGUCUGGGAAACAUGUUUCAUGGGAUGAAACAGUUGUGGACAAUGAAGAUGCUGAAAGCUCAUCACAGGAAAGUGUCUCAGAAGAAAGCAGUACCUCUGAAGCUUCAAUCACAAGAAAACCGGAAGACAGCACAACUUCAACUAUUGAAAACGAAUAUGUGAUUAUACCUGAAUCAAACAUCAUCGUCGACCAACAAACAACGUCUUCAGAUGUUACCGAAUCACCGAUUACGUUUGAUCAAGCAAUCAAUCUACUAAAUUCUACAGAAUCAUCGAUCAUAUUAUCAACUACAGCUGAUCAACCAAUUACUUCAGUUGACUCCAGUAGUUUACAGAUCACUUCUACUGAACAACAGGUUGGUGCAUCAAAGUAUUCAGAUGAUCAAACAAGUCUACAGGCAAUUACUAGUGAACAAAUUCAUCCAAUUGGUAUUACUGAACAGCACAUUAUGCCAUCAGAUUCUGCUGAACUACAAACACUAUCUUUUAGUUCUCUUGAAACAUCACCAACUUUUUCAGAUUCCACAAGUCAAGAAAUUACUUCUCCAGAUUUGACGGAAUCAUCAUUGGAUGUUAAUGAACAACAAAUCCGUGCAAUAAGUCCAAUUGAUACACCAUCAGUAUCGAUUACUGAUUCGUCAAAAGAAGAUACGCUUACUGUUGAUGAAAUAUCAACAACAACCUCAGAUACUACUAGUAGUGAUGACAUCAGUAAACAUAUGGAAGAAGUAGAACCUACGAAAACAGAAUCAAAAGAAGAAAUGGCAACUGAUUUACAUAAAGCAGAAACUUCUUCACAAGUUGGAGAAAAUAUACCACAAGAAUCUGAAACAUCAAUUAUCGAAAGCAAACUAAUAUCAUUACAGCCAACUAUUGUAAGUCCAAUUGAUACACUUUCAGAUACAAUUGCUAAUCGAUAUAUCAGCAGUGAUGUAUAUCAUGGUUGUUUGGGAGAACAUAAACAGUUUUUACCAGUAGGUCAUGUCUUUUUUUGUUUUCAAUAG